UUUGACCCAGGAGAAAGAGAGACGUAACGAAAUUCGAUUAAUUCGCUCUUCGCAUUAAUUAACGAAAACCCGGUGACAGAGAGAUUACGUCGGUGUGCGGAUAAUCGAGAAAAGAAUUAUCAAAGUUUACAUCUCUAAUUAUCUCGAUCAAUCUCUCGAUGUGUUAUACUUACACUGGGGGAAAUUCAAUUUUCAAGAGUGCGCGAGAUGAGAUAAUCGGAGGGAAGUCACGACCGGACAGGGCGAUUUAAAACGGACGUAGUAAAUUAAUUCGCGAGAGAGGCGAAGGAGAUUCCGAUCGCGCUUAUAUAGAUUUGGAGAGCGGUUUUACACCGGGGGUAUCGCACCGUGACGCCAAGCCGGACGGUUAAUUUAAUUCCGAGGUGCGUUUCUCACGCCCGAUGCGAAAUCGGUUCUGACCGCGACGAUUAAAAGGAGGCGUUUCCACUUUCGGUGGCCGUGCGUGAAAUCUGCGGGUCUGAAACGAAAACGAAUUCGAAAUGGUCACGUCGGCACGUGACGAGUCUUCUCUUCUUCUGCCACGGCAAAAGUGUGUUCGCGGAGCCGUCAAAAGUUUUCGCGCUUCGAUGAAUCGCGGCGAAAAAAAGGGGUAUCGUGCCCCAGAAAAAGCGAUUGGCGCGCGGAGAUCGAUCGAGCAAAACGAAUCGGAGUAAUUGAAUUAUCGAAAGAGAGGAGAGAGAGAGAGACAGGACCGAAGGAGGACGCAGACCUCGGGAGACGACCAUACAUGGUCAUCAUCCGCCUACGAAGCCGAGGAAGAAGAAGCCAACAUCGCGUUGUCGUGAUUGCGUGGGAGGCAUCGCACAAUUUCUUCUUUUUUUUUUUACGAAGAAACGAGGCGGAGAGACAAAUUCGCGCGCUCGCUCAGGAAUCUGGAGAGCUCGACUGUUGGAUCUUACAAGUGCACCCUGAUUAUACGACGAACGGAUCUUCCAGGAACGAAAUGACCGGCGCCGCCGCGAUCUCUUUCUUCGACGUGUCGCGGGAACGCGUGCCGAGACGAGGGCGACCGACAGAUCGAAUAAGAUCACCGCGAAGAGACGAGAGGAACCUGAUUCCGGAGCAAGUUUGUGCCGCCAAGCAGUUCGAAUAAUUAGCAACAACUAGUUCGUUAGCAAAAGCCGUGGCUAAAUCUCCGCGCGAAUCGAACCGCCGCGAGCGAGCAAAACGAGAUAGGAAAACAUGCUUCCGAGAAAAAAAAAAAGCACGCGAGAAAUGAGAAAUGAGAAUUUCGCGAAAGGCAAAAAGAGGAGCGAGUAAAAUGAAGACGCGAAGGCAGAUUAUGCGAAUCCGCUGUUGGGAAAGAGCGUAAAGGGACGAGAAACGCGCGCAAAAAUCGUGCGCGUGGAAUAAAAUAAAUCUUCGAGAUCGCGCGGCGUUGAUCUGUGUGUCUAAAUUCGACAUGCAGUUGUUGGCUAAAGUGCAUCGUCGAAAUAAACUGCUCGCGAUACGUCACGCCGUCGUUACGCCUGUGACAAAUGCGCACGACGAAUGAAGAUUUUCGCUACGGAUAAAGAUAAUAAUAGGGAACGAAAGAAGAGGAAGAAAGAGGAGAGAACAUGCCGGUCGCGGGAACGAGGAAAUUAUGCAGAGUGGGACUCGCCGCGAUCCUGGUCACCGCGCUGUGCAUCCUGACUCUGUUGGAUUCGCCGCCAGCACGACUCCCGGAUCCGCCGACCGAUCCUCCUCCCACGCCUGGGGGUGAACCGCCGGGCACAAGAAGCAUCGUCGCUUAUUCGUGGGCUCGAAGAUUGGCACUCGAUUACAGGCCCACCAAGCAGUGCGACCGUAAUGGAACGCGAGGAAUGGUCUUAAACGCAUACGAGCCGCCCGGCACGAAAUGGCUCGAGACAAUCCCGGGACGGCUCUUCCUGUACAGCGCCCACUUGGACCUCAGAGUUGUCAGUUACCCAAGCAUCAGAGUGAUUGGCGUUAAACGAGGAACUCUGCCGCCCUCCACGCUCUUCUGCACUAUAUGGUAUCGGGAGCACGGUGAGACACGAUCGUUCAGCGUGGAGGCCCUGAUCUCCACGAUCUGGUUGGACGAAUGGGACGGCACGGCGGAUAGUUACACCGGGAUCCUCGUGAAUUGUCAAUUGCCGUUUGAUGACUCGAUACGCCGCACGUCUCGGAUUUACGUCGGUCCUAAUCCCUGCUACGAAAAUGCUAGUCAUAGUUUAACGACCCGCUCGGAAUACGACGAGAUGAUCUCCGUCGACCGGAAAGGGCGCCAAGAAUUCACUCUAUGCAUCAAAGGACUGGACUUCGACGAGGAUAUAUCGCGCAAGCUCGUAGCCUUCGUCGAAUUACAUCGCAUACUAGGCGCCAAGUUGUUCUACUUCUACGUCUUCAACGUGCAUGAGAACGUGCUGAAAGUGUUGCGACUCUACGAACGAUCGAACGUAGUGCGGUGGUUUUCUCUCGAUCUACCGGGCGAUUUACCGAACGAGAAGUCGACCCGGCGGCGGUUCUUCGGCGAGGAUAUCUGGACGAAGAGGCGAAUGGAACUUAUCCCGUACAAUCACUGCUUCUACGAGAACAUUCAUCGAUCCGAGUUCGUGGUGCCGAUCGAUAUCGACGAGGCGAUCGUGCCGACGCGUCGAAAAACCUGGCACGAGCUGUUGCUGGACGAACGCGCAAAGCUCGGCAGAAGCUUCAAGGAUUUCGCCUCGUAUUCCGUACGAAACGUCUACUUCUUCCCCGAGUUGCAAAACAAGAGCCGGCCGAGAGAACUCGACGAAGCGCCUCGUGCCUCGCUCGAGCAGUAUCCCGAUUAUUUAGAUACCAUGAGAACGGCCAAUAUCUCGCCCGAAGGUGACUCGGUGAAGAGUUUCGUCUCCACGAGGCGCGCUCUAACGGUGCACAAUCACUAUGCUCUGGCAACGUUGAACCCGUCCACCAGACGGGCUCAUCAUCUGAACUCGAACGACGUGCUCAAGCACCAUCACCGGGCGUGCGACAGCCGACAUCUCGACUGCGAUCUCUUAAUGGAAGACGUUAGGAUCGACGAGUCCGCGCUGCGCUACGCGGACGAGCUCAGGACGAGAAUGAAGAUCGCUUUCGCCGAUCUCGACGCUUUGCCAUAACUGUAUAUAUAGCGAUAUGUAAAUAAUAAAGGUCUGUUCUCGAAA